AUGGCGGACGGGUGACCAAUUGUGUGGUUGUGAUACGCUGGGUAAAUAACAGGAAACAAAAGCAACCAAUUUAAUAUUUAGGUGUCUGGCGAGGAUGGGUCGGUUCGCUGUUAAUGUAACAGGUUUCUGGAUUCAAGACAAAGUUUCGGACCGUUAGCCAUCGCAGACAAAGUACAGCAGCUUGUGUCUAACGUGGUUAAGUGAUAAGCGAAAGGACCAGUACAGCAUCACACAAGACUUUCUGAUCAAGGACAUCUUUAAGCUGCUGCCAGCCAUCUUCAAAUAUGACCGACUAUCUGACAAGAGUGUUCAGGGCCGAGGUGACCACAGCCAUGGACUCUGUCCUGAGGAAAGCUCUGGUUGACAUAAUGAGGAUCUUUGAGAGCAGCCUCCAUGACCAUCAAAUGGAGCUGUUGCAGAAAGGAGAAGAGGUUGCUCAGCUUAAAACAAAGUUGCAGACAGCAGAAAUCAAGCUGAGAGAACUUGAGCGUGGAGGUGACCGAGGAGUGGAGAUGAACAAAACUCAGACAAAUGAAGUGCAAAAAGAUCCUGAAGUUGUUCUGAACCCCUCUGGACAAACUUCUGAUGUUCCUGAGAUUGAUUUUGAAGUGCCUGAUGACUGGUGUGCUCCCCUGGGUUGUGAGACCAUGAUCAAGCAAGAUGAUGGUGUUUGUCCUAGUGUAAGACUGCGCCCAUUGUUGAUUCCACUGUGGCGCAUUCCAAUCAUCAAGCAGGAGGUGGCAGACUGUGACAUUGAUUCCCACCAGCAAAGAAUGGGUCUCAGGAGAUCCAGGAGAGGUUCCUCAUUAAAUGAGGGGCACAAACACACUCGGGACAAAAUCUUACCAAUGAAUAACCAAGGAAGUCGACGUAAACCAGUGAGAAGUGACAUGAAAAAAUUGCUCCAAGACAUCAAACAAGAAUAUUCUAUCCAAACAGGCAGUAUAUGUCUUAGAAGAAGAGGGAGAAAUUUAACAGGAAAUGAGCAAGAAAAUACAGUGAAGAGAAGAGGAGAGGAACGUAAAAUCACAGUGGCUGAGUCUAAGCCUACAGAACAGGAGACAGUAGAAAAUAACGGUGAGAAGAAGUAUAUCUGCAAAUUUUGUAAGAAGGUAUUUGAUACUGUGUUUGGCCGAAAUGUGCACGUACGAUCACACAAGAGGUGCAGAGGUUGCAAAAAAGAGUUCCCCUUUCCAAGUGUUCUCAGGUGUCAUAAAUCAUCUUGCGAAAAACUCAAGAAAUUGUUAGCAAAAGAAGCACUGCGCACUAACCCCCCAAAGCCUGAGUCCCAUGGUGAAGAAAAACCAACUCUACCAAGCAAAAUACAGGUGCGCAUUAUAAAGGAAAGCUCACCUUCCUCUGGCAACCACCGUGUAUCAUCGAUCCAGAACAAUGGAUCCACCAAAAGGCAUUCCUGUGUAUACUGCAAAAAGAAAUUUCAUGCACGCUUCAGGCUCAAGGAGCACAUGCGUGUUCAUACUGGUGAAAAACCGUUUUCUUGCAGCAUGUGCCCAAAGAAAUUCCGCAUUAAUCAGUCACUCAAAAAUCACAUACUGAGAAUGCACCAGAACCAAAGGGUGAGCCAAAUGGACACCUUGCAUGGACCAAACCUUUAGAGGACACUGAAGAUAAUCAAGAGGAUUUGAUUUCUCCCAGCAAAGACUCAAGUAUCGCAAUCGACAUCAACAAUGUUAAGGAAGAAUGCGGUCCAGGCGUAAGGCUGAACUAGAGAUGGCAAACUCUAAUGGUGUCAUCAUCUUAUUGUGUCAAAAGUUCAUGAGAACCAAACGCGCCUUGAUUGAACACUUUCGCAUUCACACAGGAGAGAGGCCCAUCAAAUGUGAGAAGUGUCCUGCAAAGUUUUGCACUGGUCAGCAACUAUACAUACGCAAAAAAAAGGUCCUGUUAUCCUGUGACGCAGUGUGAGAAAUGUCAGAAGAAAUUCACAUCAAAAGUAAGAUAUAAUAAGCAUGUGUCUGAUUGUGUAAAGGACCGGCCAAAUGCCUGUAAGGUUUGUGGAAAAGGCUUUAUGACUAAAGGACGCCUCAGGAACCACAUGCAGUGUUACCACAACUAAACCCAUGUACAGUUGGCAUCGAAUCUCUGUGGACAUUGAAACACUGGAUGUUGUAAUUUAUGCUCUGAUUGAUGAUUGGAUUUACUAUUUUGCUAUUUGCUAUUUUAUUAUUUUGAGAUGUAAUUUUAAAUUAUAUAAUAAUGGUAUUCCCCAUCUCUCAGUUAUUAAAACAGUACUGUAAAUCUUUUGCCAUCACUGGUGUCAAGAAAUGGCAAAUCAGCAAAAUAGAAUUAUGAUGGCAAACUGAAAAAAAAGAAGCAUACUUUAUUGAAAGUAUUUGUCCAAAUACAUGUAGCAGUAUGGAAUAGGACAACCACAAAGUGAAUGCUAUAGGUCUUUUGAUACUGACUUUUGUAAUUUAAUUUCACACUUAUUGUGUCAUUUCAGUCUAAAGUAAGAGCCCAGAGGUAAAACUUCAGUGUCUCUGUCUAUGUCCACAGGGCUCCAGUCCACCAAGUACUCCUGCUCUACCAUCAUAAUUUGUUACUUGUUUUAAAAAUAUCACAGAAAAUUCACUAAUAAUGUGAAAAACUUUAUAUUGAGGUGGGGGAUGGCUAAAACCUAUCACAGAAAAUAUAAUUUUAUAUUGUGAUAUGGACACGUGAUAAUAAAUUCGAUUAAGAAAGCAUUUAUGGAAAAAGCAGUGUAAUGAAAAUGGCUAAUUCAGUGUACACUGACAAAGCAAGGUAUUUCAUCACAUUGAUGCAAACGUCAUGUAAAACCAUUAUUGCCUUAAAUCACACCUCUUUGACUACUUUAUUGGCCACAAUGGUCUAGUACAUACUAAAGAAUAGCCACCUCGGUAAAAGCUGUAUAACUUAAUUUCUGCCUGUUAAAAAUCUGUCACCUUGCAGUAUACAGUGUUUCAUCAAAUUAAGAGUAAAUCUUCAGCUGCCUGUAUGUAUUACUCUACUGUUUAAGCAGAAUUUGAGAAACUGCAUCACUCCAGCAAUCUCUCAGAUCACCUUGAGUGUCUGGUGAUGUGCUUGGUUAUGGACUCAGACUUUUGGGAGCAGCUUUGCAAUGUUUAUUGUAUUGCUUUGACCAAAUGUAAUUGUUAUCCUGUAAAAUCUCUUAUGUUUGACAGAUCUCUGAAAAAUAUUGCAAACUCAAAGUUAGCUUGUUAUUUCAUCUGAUGCUUGAGUUCUGAACCAAGUUGAAACAAAAGAGUGUAGACGUGAUAUACAUAGUUUACUUUUGUAACAAUUCUAAACAAAGGGUGUUUUAUUUUGUAUGAUUUGUAUUGGUUUUUCAUCGAUCCAGUAGUUCUAGUAACUAGUAGUAGUAGUAGCAGCAGUAAUUGUAUGAAAAAACUUUUGUUCUAUUUUUCUCUAAUAAAAGGGGUUUAUAAUAGUGUUGCUAGACUGAGACAUUAUCAACAUUACCCCAAUAAA